AUGACGACGGCCAGUGGCGCGCCGACAAGCGGCGCGUCCAAUGCAAAUUUUCAGAAGCUUCGUCCCGUGUGUGUGAAUUUGCUUCGCUUAAUCAACAAGGCCCCAGACGACAAUGCACUCGAAGAUGCGCUCGCGCAAUUGCAUGUGUGUCUUGAGGUAGUUGAUACAUUAACGCCUUCACUCGUACACUAUGUGUUUUAUCCGGUGUCCCAACUGCUAAAUACGCACGAAAACGGAAUCUUUUCUUUUCCCAAUCGUGUAAGGACUCUCAUUUUUCGUGUACUUGCUCAAUUGGCCACUGACUGGUGGCAGACUUGGACAUGGGCACAUAUUCAGUCAUGCAGCAAAGCAGAAACAUGUCCCACAACUAUAUCUGGUUCGCCUGAUUGGAGAGUUUGGGAACAAUUGCUCUUUCUUGGUGUUAUGACGCUUAGUGGUGGACCUCGGUCUUGCCCCGUGCAAAAUAAUUACGAGACCCGUGAAGCUACGGCGCAGUUUUUGGCGCGGGUGCUUCAGCCGCGCAUCUCGCAACUACCACCUUCCAAUGAUCAUUGGGAAUGGGAUGGUGUAUCAAGUUUACCAUCUCUUGAAGAAUUCGACGGCCCAAAUCAAAUAUACCCUGCCACGCAGCACGUCGCAGCGGUACGAGACAGUCGAGCAAGCUCUGGCGCCUUGGCACACGCACUCAAAUUGGCCCUCGAUAUGAGCCGCGAACCAAGCGCACCUGCCUCAUUGUGCCGCACGGCCCUUACCUUGGUUGGCAUCGUCAGUAUCUCGUGGAUGGGUGGCUGCACCCUUGUGUUGGACAAUACCAUGCAGGUGGAUCAUUCUGCCUUGCGUGAACGCGCGAUACAUGCCGAUACUAUUGCAUGCAGUGAAAGACUGCGCAUGAUACUUCCUGGUGUAGCAAGUUCUCUGGUCAAAGUGGCCACCAGAGCUAGCUCAGCGGUCAACGUUGCAUAUGCUGUGGAUUUACUAACGGCUAUGCUAGUUCUUUGUCUUCAAGACCCUCUUACGGCACCAUAUCGUACAAACUCAUUAGACUCUGAAGUACCCUCUUCAUUGGAAGACUUUGGAAAGUUGGAUAUCAACUCGCUCAUGAGCCCUAAUUCGGAACUUGAAGAAGAAACAGAAACUUUGAGUGCAAAGAGCGAGAUGAGCACACCUGCUACAUCUAUAACAAGCGAUGCGAUCGAAAAUUCGUGGCUGGAACGAACAAUGAAUCCUGUGCUUAUUGCCCUCAAAGCUCUUGUGCCUCUUGGCGAACGCAACGACGUGCCUGUCCAGCUUGCGAUGACGCGCAUGGCACACACUCUUCUCACCUGCAUGCCAGAGACCCUUCAAUGGGCACGUCAAGAUAUGGAGGCAGAUCCAUGUGAAGAUCUCACAUGUACACUUCUGGAUAUGAGUUGUGAUUGGCAUACUGAACGUGUUACGCAGCAAGCUAGGGACGCCGUGCGUGCUUUGGGAUCAUCUCUAUUAGUUCUAAUGGAUCGCAUAAUGACGCAUGCACUUUUAUCUCUAGCAUCAGCUGUGAAGCGAAUUCACGAUGCAGACGUUCAAAUGCAUGCUCGCAGAGUACGGAUGUGUGCUUCGCUUUUGUCCCAUGACCUGCUCGAUGUGCAAAUGGGCUCACCGCAUAUGGCAUUCCUGCGUGUCGCUUCACACCAUGGCGAUUUCCAUUGGUGGUUCGAUGCAUUGAUGCAAGCAUUUUGUGUGCAUGAGCUGACAAAUGGGGUUAUGGCUGCAGAUACCAUUCCUUAUAUCCGACCAGCGCUGGGACAACUCGAACCCGGAUCUAUGUACGCACUGGGACGGAUGUGGUUUGCAUGGGGUGAAGCCACGGCGGUCCUGCUCUGUGCUGCUGUCCAGAGGCGCUCCGCACUCUCUCCGCGGUACCAGUCAGCCUUUUCACUGCCACUUUAUGCCAUGCAUGUGGCUCGUAUGUGCCGCAUAACAGAUAUUAAUCGUGCUCGUGUACACUUAUUGGUUGUGAAUGAGGUAAUGCUUGGUACAAGUCACAUUCUAACAACGCGUGAUUUGGAAACGUGGAUGACAUUACCAGAAGGUCGGGCACUACGGAAAGCAGCACACGGCUUUGCUCGGCACGUUGUGCAUGAGUUACAGCACGCAUGGCAUGCAGAAGUGGAAGAAAAAGAAGAACCUGAAAUGCAGGAAGUGGUCGAGUCUAUUCCUACAAGUGACACAACCAUGGUCCGUGGCCUUCCAGCAUUUACCGACAGAAUUGGACGUUUAAAUGCAGGUCCAGCACUAGAUGUUUCGUUCGUCGACAGUGCCCGUAUCGACGUCUCGAAUUUAAAAUCUAAGGGACCUGAAAUGGCCAAAAAGGAACGUGCGCUUGAACGGCGCAAUGCUAUGCGUGAUCACUGUGAUGCAUUGUCUCUUUGUAUCUUGGCUUCGGCCGCUUCUCUUUUGGGCGUUUCUUGCCGGCCACUAUUGUUACAAAUCUUAUACCCUGUUCUUGGAGCAUUUGGCAGACGAGAUGAAGUGGUGCGAAAUGCGGCUCAGUAUGCAUUAGAACGCAUGUCCGACGCAUGUGCAUACCCCAGCAUCCAGAGCUGUAUCUUGCAUCACACAGACUAUGUGCUUGGCGCAGCAAGUCACAGACUUAUAUCUGGUUUACGUUCGGAACUAUAUGCUGGCCUAAGUAUUGCACCGAUCCGACCGACGCAACAGACAGUUUUGAUGAGUGCACGCGCUGCACCGUGGGUACUGGUGCAAGUAAUUCAAAUGCUGGGUGCUGAGGCUGUACCAUGGGUAGAAGAUGCCGUGGACGAAGUGCUUGCGGCACUCGAUCAAUUUCAUGGGCACGAAGAUGUUUGUGAUGGAUUGUUGGCUGUGCUUGCUCGACUCGUGGCGGUACUUGCACCUAUGCAGCCGCCUAAAGAGCGUAUUCAACCUAAAAUGAAGUCGCCUAUCGAGGAUUUUAGGCAAUGGCUUGAAAUGCACAUGACGGGUACAUCUCGAGAUGAAUCUUUAGCCGAUUUAUCCGUCCCUGAUGAAGAUGCGAAUCAAGAUGCGAAUCCCGCGCCAAACCGCUUGCAAUCAGUAUUAAAUGAGAUUCUUAUACGAUGUAUUCCAUUCCUCAGUCAUGGGAGUGCAUAUCUUCGCAUGCGUGCCUUGGAUAUGCUUCGCGAUGGUGUAGCUAUUCUCGCUCCUCAAGAACGCACCGCCGAAUUGUAUCCUGUUCUGGACCGUGCGUGGCCAUUGAUCCUUGCACGAUUUGGUACCAGUGCUACUUCUGUAAGUUUGAAUGUGGAAUAUGAUGUCAAUGUAUGGAUCCAUGCGACAGGACUAGUCUCGACCAUCGCACAGCAUGUGUCAGAGGGUUUCGGACGACGCAUUCUCAAGGAUAUAUGGCCUCAAUGGCGUCAAAUGCUCUAUACCCUAUGCACAGACCGCUCGGCACAGCCGCGUGUAAUGCCCCGGCCUGAAAGAGGGGCUGUUGCGAAACGUGCCCAUGUGCAUUUGUACAAUCAACAUGCGACAGAGGGUCAGGUUCUAUUCGCGAUACUGGAAGCACUCAAAAGUAUAGCAUCGAGUAUUGGACAGAAGAUGGAGAAUGCUGUGUUGUGGGACAUGGCGACUCAUCCUCGAUUGCUAGAUACCUUGGAUGUUCGGCAACCGGGAAAAAUUCGAAACGCUGGUGUAAUUAUGUACCAAAGCUUUAUUCAGGCAGAUGACAUGACGUUAUGGACUAUAUUACGUGCUGUUGCUGGACAAGGAGCUCCUUGGUAUCUACAACGAUCGAUACAGUGGGCUCCAGAAUUUACAUGGUGA